AUGGCAAUGUCUCAAAAGUCACUGAAGAAGUAUUUUUCCAAAGUACCAAAAUCAAAUUUGGCCUCUCAUAAUCAACCUAAUCGGGAAGAAAAUGUCAAUCAAUCGGAAGUACCAUUGCAUUCUUCUCAAAGACAAGAAACUAAUUUGGAGAAUGCCAAUCAAUCGGAAGUACCAUUGCAUUCGUCUCAAAGACAAGAAAUUGAUUUAGAUUCUUUAGAGUACGAUCCGGCGAAAAGAACUCAAAUCUUGGACUAUCAUCCAAACGAUCGUGAUGUAAUUAGGAGAGCAUACAUUCGACAAGGUCCUUGUCAACCUGAGAAUCAUAUCUUUCCUCCAACAGAUUUUUAUGGAGAUAUGCGCCGUUUUAAUCCUAAAUGGUUUCAGAAAUAUCCUGAUUGGUUGGAGUAUAGCGUAAGUAACGAUGCAGCAUAUUGUUUGUAUUGUUAUUUUUUUAAAGACAGUAACAUUCAUCAAGGUGGAGGUGAUAUAUUUUCGACCAUUGGGUUUAAGAGUUGGAAUAAAAAGAAAAGUUUGUGGAUACACAUUGGUAAGCCAAAUAGCAUUCAUAACCAGGCAAAAAAAAGAUGUGAAGAUCUAAGUCGACAACAACAGUCUAUUAAAUCUGCAUUUGGGAGGGGGCAAUCUGAUCAAUUUAAGCAUGAGUACUGGCUUCGCUUAACUGCUUCAAUUGAUGUAGUAAGACUUCUUGUGAAUCAAGGAUUUGCAUUUCGGGGUCAUGAUGAGUCUAAAUCAUCACUUAAUAGGGGUAAUUUUCUUGAAAUUCUCUCAUGGUAUGCGAAACACUGUGAUAAAAUUCAUGAUUAUGUAUUGGAACAUGCUCCUCAGAAUGACCGAAUGACCUCUCCAAUGAUUCAAAAAGAUAUUGUGACUGCAUGUAAGAUAGAGACCAUCAAAGCUAUCAUUGAGGAAUUAAAUGGUGACUACUUUGCCUUAUUAGUUGAUGAAUCUUUUGAUGUGUCACGUAAGGAGCAAAUGGUUGUGGUUUUACGAUAUGUUGAUCGAAAGGGAUUUGUGAUGGAGCGAUUGAUUGAUAUUGUACAUGUUCAAGAUACUAGUGCUUUAUCUCUAAAGAGUGCAAUUGUCAAUUUACUUUCUCAACAUUCAUUGAGUCUAUCUUAUGUGCGCGGGCAAUGUUACGAUGGGGCAAGCAAUAUGCAAGGUGAGAUAAAAGGCCUUAAAAAGUUGAUUAGGCAAGAAAGUUUCUCAGCACAUUCUAUUCAUUGUUUUGCUCAUCAACUUCAACUAACUCUUGUUGCGGUUUCUAAAAAAUGUAUUCAAGUGGGGGAACUUGUAUUAUUAGUUUCAAAUGUUUUGAAUGUGUUGGGAGCUUCUUUUAAGCGUAUGGAUGAAUUUCGAGAAUCUCAAAAAGAAAGAAUUCAAGAGGCAUUAGAUAUGGGUGAACUUACAACAGGUAGAGGCUUGCAUCAAGAACUUGGUCUUAUAAGAGCCGGUGAUACUCGUUGGGGAUCUCACUACAAAUCCUUUUGUAAUUUUAUUCGUAUGUUUGGCUCUAUUACUGAUGUUCUUGAUGCACUUGUUGUUGAUGCAUAUUCUCCAGAUGAAAGUGCUAAGGCAACAGGAUAUCUUGAAGCUUGUCAAACAUUUAAGAUUGCUUUUAUGUUGCAUUUGAUGAGAGAUAUCUUAGGAAUCACAGAUGAGCUUAAUAAAUCAUUACAAAAUAAAGAACAGGAUAUUGCAAAUGCUAUGCUGCUCGUUGAAGUAGCAAAGAGAAGGUUGCAAUCAUUGAGGGAGGAUGCCUGGGAUGAGCUUAUUGAUAAAGUAUCGACAUUUUGUAUCAAGUAUAACAUUUUGAUACCUAAUUUUGAUGAGCCUUAUGUUAACUCUGGAAGAUUACGGCGUAAACCUGCUGAUCAUACGGUCUUACAUCAUUAUCGUUAUGAUGUGUUCUAUAAAAUUAUUGAUUGGCAACUUCAAGAACUCAAUGAUCGUUUUAACGAGGUGACUACUGAUUUGCUUCAUGGAGUUGCUUGUUUGAAUCCAGUUGACUCAUUUUCUAGUUUUAACAUCAAGAAGAUAAUGAGAAUGGCUGAAUUAUAUCCUGAUGAUUUUGAUGAAUUUAGUAGGGGUGCUCUUGAGAAUCAGCUUGCGACAUACAUUAUUGAUGUCCGUGAUAUUGAUGAAAGGUUCGCCAAUCUGAAUGGUAUUUGUGAUCUCUCAAGAAAACUAGUUCAAACGAAGAAGCACUUAAACUUUCCUCUUGUAUUCCGCUUAGUGAAAUUUUCUUUGCUUCUACCAGUUGCCACUGCAUCCGUUGAAAGAGAGUUUUCGGCAAUGAAGUUUAUUAAGAAUGACCUGCGGAAUCGGAUGAAUGACAGACUUUUGAGCGGCUGCUUAGUUCCUUAUGUAGAAAAAGAUGUAUUUAUUAAUAUUUCUAAUGAUGCUAUUGUAAAAACAUUUCAAGAGAUGAAACCUCGUCGAGUACAGUUGCGAUAA